AUGAAGGAGGCCUCGUCCUCCCCACACUUGUUCGUCGGGAAUACUCCCACUGCGAGAGCCGCCGCCUCCGGAUCCCCGGCGGCGCCGCCGAUGUCUCCAUCCUUCUUCUCCUCUCCCCGAUCCUCCGCCCACUCGUCUAACUCGUGUUCUUCCAACUCCUGCCACCUCAGCUCGCCGCCGGCGCCUUCCUCCCCGUUGCACUGCUCCUCUGCCGUCCCCUUCUCCUGGGAGAAGCAACCGGGUGUCCCCAAGCAGGUGCAGGGCUCCAGCGACCGCCAGCGGGGCUCCGGCCAGAGGCUGCCUCUCCCGCCGCCCCUGAGAUCCAACAGCGAGCCCUCGCUCUUGAUCCCCAGGAAGAAGAGGGCCCAGCUGGCGUUCAUUCCAGAUCCCUUCGCUUUGGCGCUGAUGGAGUGCUCCAAGGCGGACCGCUGCGACCGAUCGGAGGGCGACGAUCUCCCGCGGCUGUACUCGAAGGGAAUGACGGCGGCGACAGCGUCGUCCAAGAUCAUCGGCAGACGGCGGCGGACGGCAGCGGGCCUGCUCGGCUUCCCGGAUUUUUACUCUUCCUGCAAGACGACGUGCUCCGUGGCGGAUUCAACGGUUCUCGUCCCCCGGUCCGGCCGGGGAAUGGCAGCUCCUCAUAGUUUUCUCAGCCGGCGCGGCGGAUGA